AGGCCGCCGCAGGCCUCUUCCCUGCCCGGUGCCCAUCGGCACGCCCGCCGCGCGCGCGCGCGUCGCGGGCAUGACCCGCCCGCCGCCCCUCGGCGCGGCCCUCGGCGCCGAGGCUCUGCCGCGCCCAGUGCCGGCGCCCUCGCGGCGCCCUGCGCCGUCGGCCCCGCCGCUCCGCGCGGCCGCCGGCGGCGGCCGCGAGGCGCAGCAGCACAGCUGGAAGGAGGUGGAGCUUCAGACCCGCUGCGGUGUGCCCGCGGCUGCCCCGGACAGGCCCGACGCUGGCGCGAGCGGCGCUGUCAGGUUGAUCGUGUUUGACUUCGACCAGACUCUCUCCGUAGUCCAUGUAUUCAAGUCGUUGGCGGGCUGGGGCGACAAGCAGGCCGAGAAGACCAUGCAGGUCCCGCGGCCGUUCGCCAGCACGGAGCGCGGCCAGGUCCGCCGCAUCCGCGAGAUAGACGCCAGCUCCAGGC